AUGGGGCAGCAAUGCUGCGGCCUGCGAGCAAGAGAGGACGAGUAUCCAUUCCUGGCGCCCCCUGUCACACCCACCGCUGCAUAUGGUGGUGAGUCGAGUCGCGCUGCUGAUCUUCCCGAGCCUCCAGCGUUUCCACCGGUGAAGGUGGAGCUUCCACCGGCGAAAGCGGAGCUUCCGCCGGAGGUAGAGGAGCUCCCGGCUAAGGAUAUCGUCCGCGAAGAUUCCAGGAGCAAAGAGCUCAAGGAAUCCAGCUUGCCGGCCCGAUGUCUCGAUCGACAACAGGAACAGGAAGUCGAGACAGAAGCUACGGCGGCGACAGACACAGCUGACCUUGCAGAAGAGGCGGACCAAGCCAAAGAUGUCCAAACCGCCACUACCACCGAGGCGGUUGAUGAGGAAGUCUUGCCGGAAGGGCAUGCAGAUGACGACCAAGAGGUCGAGCGCGCUCCAAGCAGCGGCUCCGACACCCUGUCAUCCAUUGCUGAGAAGGCAGAAAUCGUCAUUGUCCUGCCCGAAGAUGAUGAUUUUCCUUUGGAUGAGGACACUGGCCUAGUGCGGCAAAUUAGCCUGCACAGCCAGACAUCUCCUACUCGGAGAGCAGCCGCCGCAGCCGCAGCAGAGGAGGCGAUGGCUGAACUGACGGCAGACAAGGAGGAAGGUGUGGAGGAGAAGAAGGAUGAGGCGGAGGCGGAGGAAGAGGACGAGGAGGAGGACGACGACGAAGAGGAAGAGGAAGAUGCGGAUGGACCGGAUGCUGCAGUUCCGGUUGCGGAUGCGGUGGUUGCGGCGGAUGCUCAGGAGGGCAAGGAUGCUCCUCAAGAGCAAGGCGAGAAGGAGGUGAAGCCCAAAAAGAAAAAGAAGAAGAAGGGAGAAAAAGUGAUUACAUUGCCCAAUUGCGAUCAGAUUUUGCCAUACCUGUACUUGGGUGGCAUGGCAGCGGCAACCGACGUGGAGGGCAUCCAGAGACAGGGAUUGGGCGCAAUCUGCUGCUGUUGCAGAACGGUAGAGUUCCCGGAUGCGCAAUUCAUUCCUGGCGUUUCUUACUACAGAGUGGAUGUUGAAGACAUGUCGAGGGAGCCUCUGGACUACUUCUUGAAGGAGGCCACUGAUUUUAUUCAUUCUUUCAUCGUGCGAGAGCAGCCGGUGCUAGUGCAUUGCCGGGCGGGGGUGUCCCGCUCUGCAUCUGUGGUCUUGGCCUAUCUCGUGGCCUGCCAACGAAUGACGUUGGCCGAUGCUUUUGUGCUACUCCGUUCAAGGAGAUGCAUUGUGACUCCGAAUCUUGGAUUUUUCGAGCAGCUCUCCAUAUGGGAGAAGGAGGUGUCCGGGGUGUCGUCCGUGGACUGCAACAAGUACAACUUGUGGUUUGGCACUCCCGAGUACGAGCGUUCGGCACUUCCGGACAUGCGCCCCGAUUACUAG